GCAUAAUAUCGCUUCGUUCCCUUCAGUAUUUUCCCAACAUCAUUCGAUCCAUUCUGCCUCUUUGCUCUGCCCACAAGUUUCCCCGACAUCGAUACCCAUUGAAUCGUACAUUCGAGACAUCAACCUCAAGGGAGAAGGAGGGAAAGGAAGAGGGUUCACCCUCGUUGCGACAACGUGCAUAGAUAGGCUGUGUGGAGCAGCUGUGGUCCAUUGGUGAAACGUUGCGGACCGUCAGUCAAGACAGGCUCCGGGAGGCACUGCUUAUGGACGGGAUGCUUGACGCGGAGAAGUCUGGGGUAACAAUUGGCGAGAGUUGCGAGGGGAGUGGACGUGCUACCAAGCUCGAGGAAGAGGAUGUUGGUGGGAUUAUUAGGGAUGGCAAUGCACCGGGAGCGUGUGGUGGGCUAAAUGCAGACCAGGGCGACGGAGAUCUCGAGCAUGGUGACUCCAUGUCCGCCGGCCUCGAGGCGACAACUGACCAAAACUGUGCCUCGUCAUCCAACCCCGUCAUUAUCCUACCUGGUGCAUCUCCGACUACACCUGAACAUAUCCUCGAACGCGCCCACGACGAUCCACUCCCAGCAACCUCCAUUUUGUCCGAGCUCGACCGAGCGAACCGGUUCGAGCAGGCCCACCUCCAGGAAGACACGGAAGAAGAGAAGAACGCGGGUCCCUCUAUCGCCUCUUCGUCAGACGACAACAACCUCCUCUUCCCGUCUUCCCCGCCUCGCUCACGCCGCGUGGGCAUCACAGGGGUUCCACACGAAUUCAAGCGCCCACCCUCUCUCCAGCACAUCCACACCACUCGUCCACUCAGUGACUACAUCGACCCCCACUUCGGUCUCGAACCCACAGCAAGCCCUCACACCACCACUGGUCCAGUCUCCGCAAGUACUAGCACUCCGACGGACCAAUCGGAGAGAACGGCUAAUAGCACUCGGAAACAGGAGCAGAACGCCCCUCCUACACUUACACCCACUACCCCUGCCUCAGCACCCGGUCUCUCUCAGCGACAGGCCUCCAUCAAUUCUCCGCCGCUCCCGGUUCGAUCCCCACUUCGGCCCGCUGCCCGUGCGCUGCCCCCGUCACCCAUAACCAUACUUAGCGAAGAUACACCGACAAACCAUUUCCCACUCGCAGCGUACUCCGCUCCUUCUGCGCCUCCACCUAUCCACAACUACGCCCGCCGCAGGGUAGACUCCUACUCCGACUCCAUCUUAUCCUCAUCACCGUCAGUCAGCUCCGACCUAUCCAUGCCCGUACCACUUCUUCCCUCGCGGUUCACCAAUGGGUCGUCGUAUACCUCCCUUUCCGUCCUGCUGGACACCCUUGAAGCAGAGGUCAACGGGAUGCACGCCGAAGACUCCGUCAUGAGCGGUAGCUCUAUCGAGCUCGGCUUCGACUACUGUGACUUCGAACCGGACGUCACGAUAGAACUGGAGAAGGACCGAGAUAGCGCCAGUCUGUACCCGACGAAUGCCGGCCACAGAGAAAGACUGCGCUCCGCACGCGAAUCCGUCUUGUCGAACCUCACUGCAGCCUUUGGCGAGAAUGGAGAUGCCGCCAGCGAGCUCACGCAAACCGAAGCAACGAACAACCCACCACCAUCCGCAAAUACUUUCGUCAAGAAGCGCACGCACGCACUUUUGGAACUCCUGACAUCGGAGAGAGCAUAUGCGAGUGAUCUCGCAUUGAUAAGAGAUGUGCAUAUACCACUGGCUCUAGGUCAACCGACUCCUUUCGCACCUCCCAACCCGACAUCACCCCCUGCCCUCUCGCCUUCAUCCUUUCCUUCGUCUACCUCAAACUCACAAUUUGCGUUCGCCACAGCUCAAGCACAGACCGCCAUGUUGCGGGGCUCCCAGCAGUCCGCAUCGUCCUCGCGAACAGUGAGCACCGCAUCCUCAACGUCCGCCGCGUCCUCAGAGCUCGGUCCACCAAUGAGCCGAGACGACACGCGAAUCGUGUUUGGCAAUGUCGCGGAGCUUGCGGUGUUUGCGGAUCAUUUCUGCGAGCGCCUAGAGCGUGCGCUUGGCGGGGCGCUUUACGCGAACCCACCUUCUAGCGCUGGAGUCAGCAUGAACGGAGGUAGAUCGAGUGGAGAAGACUCGGGAGUGGGGAGCAGCAGGUCGAGUGGGGGGAUGUGGGAGGGUACGGACGAUACCGUUGGGGAGCUGUUCUUGGAAAUCGUGCGUGUCUUUCUGCUUAUAUGCGUCUGGUCGAGCUCACAUUCGCCCCCACCCCCUACACCAUGGCUAUAUGCGCGCAUCCAUCCCAUGUCGCGAAUACAGAUCCCUUCUCUCGAGCCUCCGUACAAACAAUACAUCACGAAGCACCCUACCGCACUCGCCCACCUCACCUCUCUCUCCACCAACCCUACUCCCGCUCUCGCCGAGUAUCUAGCUCGCACCCGUGAACUAGCCUCCAGCCUCACACACGCCUGGGACCUCCCAUCUCUCCUCAUCAAGCCCGUGCAACGUCUGCUCAAAUACCCCCUAUUAAUCCAAGCCAUCCUCGAUGCCACGCCAGCGGGUCACCCAGAUCUCCCACGCCUUCGCCAGGCCAAAGAACGCAUGGAGGAUGUCGCGCGGAGCGUCAACGAGGGCCGGCGGCGCUGGGAAGUCGUCCGCGACGUCCUCGGCGGCAGCAAACCAGACAGCAGCGGCAAAGGCGGGAAGAAAAAGUCGGGCGUCGCCGUCCCUGCGGGCGUGAACCUCGGGCGGAUGAAGACGUUCCGGACGAAUAAGCCCAAGGACCGGGGCGAGCGCGAGGAGACGGCGCAGGAGCGGGAGGACCACGAGGAGACGGAGCUGAUUGACAGUCUCGCGGACACGAUCAAGCGGCACGGCGAGUUCCUCCCGGCGCUCGGGCGCCAGGUGUUGGGGGUGCACGAGCACCUGCACGCGGUCAUAUUGCGCCUGCGCGACUGGGCGCAGUCGUUUGGGCGCGUUAUUGGGCUUACGCCGGACAUGAAGAGCGAGGCGUUCGACGCGUUCCUCGUCGUCGUGUACGACGAGUUCCUGGGCCGCGCGACCGCGCUCGAGGAGGAGCUCCGGACCGGCGUGCUCGCCGACCUCGGGCGGCUCCGGGAGAGCACGCAGAACCCGAUCAAGCUCAUUGACGCGAUGCAUGACUUGGCGCCGCUGCAUCAGUACUUGCUCAACCUCAAUUUCGCCAAACAGAGGCCAAGCGCUGCGAUGCUCGAGGCGUCACAGAGCUACGUGGCUCUUCGCGGGCAAUUGGCUAUGGAGCUUCCAGCUUAUGUCGACCUGCUGAAUGCUGGCGUGGCACGGACGAUUCUGAGGGUGUCUGGGAUAAUGGAGCGCUUCUGGCACGAGGUGUGGUUGCGGUGGGGAGACUUGUGGGAUGCUCUCCGGGUGGAAGGGGAACGGAACGCGGGCGCAGAGGAGACGUUGCGAGUCUGGUGGGAGCGGUGGGGAGACGCGGAGAAGGUCCUGCGGAACUUGAUGAUCACCAGCCCGUGGAAGGCCUUCGCCGACAUGGAGAGGGAGCGGCUGCGGGAGAAGGAGCGGGAAAGGGAGCGGGAAAGAGAGAUUCUGCGGGAGCUGCAACGAGAGAGGGAUAAGGAGAGUCAGCGGGAUAAGGAGCGAACAAGGAAGUCGACGGGCGACAUUGACCGCGGCAACACGAAGGGCGCAGGCAUGGCUAAUAUCACCGCGACCCUGGCCUCUCUGGACCCUUACGUCAACGCGACCUCACCAACAUCCAAGCAUUCGUCUUCCUCUGCAACCUCGCGCCAUCGUAGUGGCAGCGGUUCCGGUACUGCCAUUGGUCGCAACCGGUCCACCGAAAGUCUCACCUCGGGGAAGUCAAGCAAGAUGGCGAGAUCAAAUUCGGGAAAGACUCGAAAUACACAAGAGUUUAACGACCCUAACGCACCUCCACUUCCCGUACCUUCGCAAGCUCCGGGUAUGCCCAAGUCAGCGAUGAAGUCGAAGCCUGCACGGAUGAAGAGCACGCCAAUGCUGGGCCCUUUGCGGACACCAUCACGUGGCGACUUGAACGGCGGGCCCGAAUCGCCUUUCCCUCCCAGCCCACUGUCUAUCGACUUCGAUCCCACUAACGUCCCGGCUGACGAACGAGAGCAGAGAGGACGUGACGAACGCCGCCCGUCGCUGAAAACGAAGAUCACCGACUCAUUACGUCCCGGGCACAACCGAAAGCGAUCCUCGAGCGUGAAAUCACUUGGCGCACCUUCAACCAUAGCCCCCUCAUACCACACGACCGACACACCACUGCCAAAGUACACCCAUCGUCCAAAUUCCUCUGUCGCCACCACAGCGUCUGGGUCUUCGUCGUCUCACCGGGUAGCGCAGGAGUUAUGUAAGGCCCGGGCAUUGUAUGGAUGCCGGGUCGUCCACCCGUGCGUCCCGCCACCGGGCGUGUCGUACCGCGGGCUCCCGUUCUUCCGGCUCGAUGUCGACGCGACGUUCGAUGUCCUGCGCGAGUAUGGGCAUCCCUCGACGCAUCCCCAUCUUCCGCUGUACGUCGACGACGGCGAAGACUGCCUCUUGCUCGUGCGCGACAAGGUGACCGGCACGGAAGUUGGCUGGGCGCUCGCGAGUUUCUUGAUACCCUUUGAUUGAUCGUUAGAUGGGCGAGGCCGAGUAUGGCUGUAUGGCUGGCUGGCUGGCGGUGACGAGACCUCGAGGAGCGCAAAGGAGGGAGGUGGGUGGACAGUGGCCACCCAGCUACGCGGGAAACAGUGUGCCGGACGCGCACGCGGCUCCUAUCCCACUGAGUUCGUGUCGCUACGCUGAGCGAUCCGCUCUUUUUUCUCGUGCACACGCCCAGAGCGGGGGGACGUGGACUUUGACACAUGCGUGUGUCGCCCCUGGCUCCCAAAAUUAAUUUGGGCGCGUUCAUUGGCGGGUACGAGAACAGCGUGCGCCCCACCGCGGUGGAGCCGUCCGCCACCCCUUCUUUCUGGGCGAGACACGCGACGUACCUCGCCGCACUUCUCUAGACCAUAUGUCAGAUGCCUAUGGUAGCACCAUACAAUGCUUAGUUCCGUUUUUCAUUUGCUAUAUACAUUUUUAGCCGCUCAUUUUGCCCCUCCCAUUUAUCUCAUCUUAUGUUUUAUGCGCACAUCUGUUUUUUCUUCUUCUGUUCGUCGAUAGUAUCUGCUUUAUGCGACAGCUCUUAAACUCACUCGUUACAUAGCCUUAGAUGUAUUAAUUUCUUUUUUUCCACUGCUUUGAGUUUGUCACCAUCAAGAAAGGCCGAGUCCGUUCUGUCCAUUGUUGUACCUAGUGUAUUCCGAACGCCACCCAUUUUGCAUCUCCGUUUGUUUGUUCGCUUGCUUGCAUUUUACCCACCCACUGCUUAUCC